AGAGGAUGGGGUCCACGGUGCCAUGCGCCCUGUAUCUGUUGCUGGCAGCCGCCCUGGCCUCAACUCAUAUCCGCGCCAGUGAGUGUGGGGUGGAGAGAGAAACAGUCUCUGCCAGGAGGAGCAAGAGCACCCGGCAGGGACCGCACACCGAAAGCCACGUCUCCGCCCUCGCCCACCUAGACCUCCCCUUUCCUCGAGAUGGACAGCCCCUGCCAGGCUCCCUUCUCCAAUCCGCGUCUGGAGCCCCGCACCCUGCACGCCUCCCAGCGAGUGCGCCAGUUCCCCGGUCUGGCCGGGUGCAGGGUCACCGAGCUUCUCCCCUAGGUUCACACUCCCUGCGGUAUUUCGUCAUCGCCUACAAUCCUGGCUAUCGCAAACUUCGGUUCACAGUCGUGGGCUACGUGGACAACACGCAGAUCUUGAGCUUCGACAGCGACGAGGAGAGUCCACGGGUGAAGCCGCGGGUGUCAUUUAUGGCUCAGGACCCAGAGCAUUUGGAGGAGUUGACGCGCUUCGGCAGGCGCGUCUUAUUAGUUGGUCGAGUCGAACUGUGGGCCGUGUUCAGCUCCCAUAGCCAGAGGGAGAAUGGGUCUCACACUAUCCAGUGUCUGUGCGGCUGUGACAUAGGACCAGACCACCGCCUCCUCCGUGGGUAUAAGCAGAUGGCUUAUGAAGGACAGGAUUACAUCGCUCUGACUGAGGACCUGCGCUCCUGGAUCGCAGAGGAUAACGAGGAGGCUCAGAACACCCGGCGCAAGUGGGAGGCAUCUGGUUUUGCAAGAUCAUGGAAGUCUUUCUUGGAGGGCACGUGCGUGGCGUGGCUUCUCAAAUACCUGGAUAAAGGGAAGGAGAUGCUGCAGCGUGCAGAUCCUCCAAAAACAAAUGUGACCCAUCACCCCAGGCCUGAAGGAGACGUCACCCUGAGGUGCUGGGCCCUGGGCUUCUAUCCUGCGGACAUUACCCUGACCUGGCAGAGGGAUGAGGAGGACCUGACCCAGGACAUGGAUCUUAUUGAGACCAGACCUGCAGGGGAUGGAACCUUCCAGAAGUGGGCAGCUGUGGUGGUUCCUUCGGGAGAAGAGCAGAGAUACACAUGCCAUGUGCUGCAUGAGGGGCUGCCUGAGCCCCUCAUCCUGAGAUGGGAGCCUCCUCCCUCUCCUACCAUCCCCACCAUGGGGAUAAUUGCUGGCCUGGUUCUCCUUGGAAUUUUGGUAGCUGGAGCUGUGACUGCCAUUGUGAUGAGGAAGAAUACAGGGUCUCACACUGUACCUCAGGCUGGCCUAGAACUCGCUAUGUAGCUGUGAUGGGAAAUCUUCAUUGCCAGCUUGACUGGAUUUAGAAUCUCCCAGGACUUGCAAUCUGGAAAUGUCUGUAAAGGAUUUCCAGAGAAGAUUAACUGAGGGGAGGGGACUAUACCUGAAUGUGGGUGACACCAGUCCCUGAUUUGGGGGCCCAGAGUGAAGAUAAGGGAAUAAGAGCCAGCAUGCUCACACUUUGCUUCCUGAUGCAUGGAGAUGUGAGACAUCCCAGCCAUGUGCUCCAGCUUCCAUGAACUCCACCAUGCCUUUCCUGCCAGGAUGGGUUGUACCUUCUUAAAUCAAAAACCAAAAGAAAUCCUUCUUGCCUUAAGUUA